AUGCUUCGCUGUGUCUGCCCUCGCAUCGCCGAACUUUUCGUCUCUCAUCCGUUGUGUGCACGAUGCCCCCGUCGGCUCCUGACAGGAAAGUUACACGGCGCAUGUGACACCGGGCCCGGCGCCGACCCGAUCGACGCCCCCGAAGCCCCCUGGCCGGGAACGUGCGGCGACGUCGACUCCGCGACCUUCGGCCGCGCCGAGAACACCUUCACGAGCGGGUUUGAGGGCCAAUGGACGGUGGAGCCCCUGGUGUGGGACAACCAGUACUUCAAGGACCUGCUCGAGUACGACUGGGUGAUGACGGAAAGCCCCGCCGACCUGGUGCAGUGGUUCCCGGUCCUGAAGGAGGGGGCUACCGAGACGGAGGACGAGAUCCCCGACAUCAUCAUGCUCACCAGCGACGUCGCCUUGUUGUUUGACCCGGAGUACCUCGCCCUUUGCGAACUCUUCGCCAGUGACCAGGCCUACCUUGACACCGCCUUCGCCGCGGCUUGGUACAAGCUCACCUCUCGCGACAUGGGCCAGUUCCAGCGCUGCGUGGGCACCGACGUGGCGCCGCCUCAGGACUUCCAGCUGCCGCUGCCGGAGGCGCCCACCGACCUCCCCGACACCGAAGGGGCCAAGUCGGCGAUCCAGAGUAUCCUGUCCAGCGACCCGUCCUACCCCGCCCUCUUCGUCACCCUGGCCUGGCAGUGCGCGUCCACCUUCCGCUCGACCGACUACUUGGGCGGCUGCAAUGGGGCGAGGAUCCGCUUCUCUCCCGAGAAGGACUGGGCCGGAAACCAGGGCCUCGACCAGGCGAGAGGUAUUCUGAGCCUGCUCUCGCCGGUGAAAGACGACUACCAGGAUGUGUCCUACGCCGACCUGAUCGUGCUCGCGGGAAACCUCGCUCUCGACAUCGACCUGUUGUUCUGCGCGGGCCGCGUGGACGCCACCGAGGGUGACGACCUCAUCUCGGUCCUCGAGCCCCGCGAGUACGACGACGUGAUCGUGGGCGUGCACGACCGCAUGAGGAUCAGGGGCCUAUCGGUCGCGCAGAUGGUGGCCCUCGCCGGCCGCCCCCGCAGCGCCUCGCACAUGAUCACCCUCGGCUUCANCAUGAAGAUCAGGGGCCUAUCGGUCGCGCAGAUGGUGGCCCUCGCCGGCCGCCCCCGCAGCGCCUCGCACAUGAUCACCCUCGGCUUCAGCGGGUCCUACACGAGCGACGAGCCCCCGGCCCUCUCCAACGCCUUCUACGUGACCCUCCUCACCGAGACCUGGGAGGAGGUACCCGGGUCCGACGGACAGGAGUACCAGGCCGUCGGGAAGUCCGGCGUGUACGUUCUGGCGACCGACCUCGCCCUUGUCUGGGACCCGGAGUUCAAGGCCCAGACGGUCAUGUACGCUGAGGACAACGACCAGUUCCUCAAAGAGUUCGCUUCGGCCUGGACCGCGGUGAUGAACGCCGACCGUUACGACGGGCCCACCGGCAACGUCUGUGAUGACGUCUCGGACGACUCUGAAGACAGCAGCAGCGACGACCACUAAGUGCGAACGCUGAUACUACGCCGGGGGGGCUUGCGGUGAGGGCCAUGGCGUGGCAAGGACUGUCGUACAGAUUAUUUGGUUCCGUAUAAACGUGCGCUUCUUCGCGUGUGUACUGGAACGUGCCUGGUUUCCCGGUGAUAUUCUUGUUGCAUGUUUUGUCCCACCUGCGAAGAUGUCCGUGCUGAACGUAACCCACCCACCGCGUUGUUCCGACUGCUGCUCCUCGCCUGGACGAUGCUUCGCUACUUUUCUCAGCCGGACGAGUUCGACGGCUCCCGACGCAUCGUGUUCGUGUUGGUCUCCCCGGUGGCCUCUAUUUGAGCUAGGGUUAGCUGCCGACGUUCGUUCCACACAGCAGCCGCGAAGUGCUUGUAGCAUUGAAUGCAUUCAUGUAGACUAUCCGUUCGGGAUAGUAUCACAGGUGAAGGGGAUGAGUUGAAGUCUUUGCAGUGAGUUGGAAGAAACCGGCUACAUAUUGGGCGUAUUUAGGUCUAAGCCCCAACACUGAUUCAGUUAUGCCAGCAGGUGCCUAUCACAAAAAAACACAGCGUAGGUUCAAGUUCGCACCUCCCGGUAGUCUUCUUCCAUCUACUGGGCC